AUGUCCCAGGAGAAGGCUGGGGGCCACCUGCUCACUCACGUCCCAGCCAUCUCUUUUGAGACCGACUCUACUGUGGAGUGCACCUCCAAGAGGACUCCGGAAGAGAGGGAACGGAGGGAAGGAAAGGAAGUUGUUGAGGAAGAACCUGUGGCCACACCCAAAGAGGAGGCCAAGAAGGGAAGGAAGGCAAAAAGUAAGAGGAGUGGCAAGAAGUCAAGGAAGCUGGGCACUGACAACGAUGCAGUCUCCAGGAAUAAACACCUGGAUAGAGGAUCUGUAAUUGAGCUCCUGGAGAAGAAAGCUGUUCAGGCUACAUUCGGCCCAGGCAACAAGGAUGAGAUGGAAUACUCCUACCCAAUCCUCAUCUCAUUCCUGCGCAAUCUUACUGAUGAGCAGUGGCAAGUGAUCUACAAAGGACUAAAAAACCCUAUGACGAAGGAACAGCUUGCCAAAUUGUGCAAGACAAUUGUAACCUUCAUCGCACAGACCACCCUGAAGAUCCUGCUGCCAGCCCUGGCCCGCGUACUUGGGGUAAAGGACUUUGCUGACGACGACACUGACUCACCCAAGAGGGGUGGCAGUGCAAGAUCCUUUGCUGCCUUUGAUCAGGAAAGACUGGAGCUCAUCCAGGAAGUUAGAUAUCUGGCGAAGAAAAUGUAUAAGGGCGGCACAGGGGCUCAACAUCUCAGGUCCCUAACACCCUCUUCUAAGAGGUAUGUUCCCCUCAAGGUUUUCAUGUAUGGAUUUCACCAAGAUCAUCUAUCCCAGUGUUAGCUAAUGCAAUUUACUCUAUCUGAUGUAGUACAAAAUGUAAUGUAUCAGCCUUUGAGCAUAUUCAAAUGAAUGAGCAUGUAAAGCGAUCAAAAGGACAUGUAGAUAUUUAGAAUACUAAAAUUACAACGCUUGACCGAUUUGCCAAGUUAAGACAGGAAUUAUCAUGCUUUGCUUGUUCGUUUUAAAGUUCCCAGACCUCAGUGAAAGUCCUCCUGGGAAUGACAGAGGACAGAAUCAUCAAAAGUGUCCAGGAGCAACUGUCUGAUCAUAAUAUCCUGUCCUCCUGCCCACCUGAGCUG